GUGUGUGUGUGUGUAACAGUAGAAAGAGCACAGCCCGGCAUGGCCUUAAUCUGUCCACAUACCAGCCAAUGCCUGAUAUGGUGUGUGUGUGUGAGUGUGUGUGUGUGUGUGGGAUCAUUUCAGAGGCACUGGGCUGAAACCUGACACCCCCGUCCUCAGCUCAGAUCAGUCCACCAUGUGUCCCCUCACUCAGACACACACUCUUUGCUGUGGAUGGUGAGGAAGCUGCGAACAAACAAACAAACAGCACAGAAAACAGAGGAAUGGGAGUGAGAGUUGGAUGAGCAGGGGGAGGAAGAGGAGGGUGAGUGAGGGAGGAAGAGUACUGACAGCUGAAAAGGUAGACAGACUUAAUGUCCCGUCCAGGCAGAUUUGUCUCCGGCGUUGGAUCUGCAGAGGACAGCUCCGAGUGGAGAUCCCAAACUUCUCAGAUGUGAGGUGAAUGACCUCGCUGUGGCGUCGGCGGCGGCGGCUUGUGAUUUUCCUCACCACACGCUGGACAGGAAAAGUUUCUCCAAGGCAACAAAUACUGAAACCUGCAGACAAAGUCUCACUUGAGCUUUACUUGAACCUGGUGGCUGGUGUUCAAACCGAGUCGGGUAUUUCCAGAGCUCAGACAGACAGACGGACAGACAGACAGCGCUGCCCUCUGUGCUCUGAACAGUCAGCAGUUUCGUGCAAAACUUAUCCAACACCUGACUUUUAAAGUAAACUAAAUCCUAAAAAAUACUGGGGAACAUUUUACUAUGCUAAAAAACAAUAAAUAAUAAUAAUUUUUUAAUUAAAUGUGAACAAACGUGGACAUCUUCGUGCAGGAUUCUUUGAUAGUUGGUCACAGGAUCUCUGAUUUUAAAGCCGAGAAGUUCCUGAGUGUGGGCUGACCCACAAGAACAAAAUGAUUAUGUGACUGACUGUGGAGACAAGCACAAAGACCAGAACCCAGAGGGGCUGAACUGACUGCUCUCAGAUCCAACACUCAUCAGCAGCAGAUGGAGAGAAAGGAGGAGGUGAAGCUCGGCGGAGCGGCCACGUCGCUGCCGGCCGACCUGAGCUGCCUGCGGGGCGGCGGGGGAGCCGAGAGGGAGGCGGCGCUGGCGAUGCUGGAGAAGCAGCUCAUCUGUCCCAUCUGUGUGGAGCUCUACAGCAAGCCCGUGGUCAUCCUGCCCUGCCAGCACAACCUCUGCAGGAAGUGUGCCAACGAGCUGUACCAGCCCUCCUUGUUCCAGGCUCGUACCACCAUGCUGGUGAACAGCGGUCGUUUCCGCUGUCCCUCCUGCAGACACGAAGUGGUCCUGGACCGCCACGGUGUCUACGGCCUGCCACGAAACCUGCUGGUGGAGAACAUCAUUGACGUCUACAAACAGGAAGUCAGCAACAACAACAGCAACCCCACAAGCCCCCUCCCUCCUGCUGCACCUUCUGCUCAGGCAACGUGUUCUGACCACCAGGGGGAGAAGGUGAACAUCUACUGUCUCACCUGUAAGGUUCCCACAUGUUCUCUCUGUAAAGUGUUCGGGGCUCAUCAGUCCUGUCAGGUGGCUCCUCUGACAGACGUCUACCAGCAGCAGAAGGACGAGCUGAGUGAAGACAUCAGUUCUCUGGUGGCGUUCAAUGACAAAGUCCAGGCUUUGAUCAAUGAGGUGGAGGAGACCUGCAGAAACAUCGAGGAAAACUGCAAGACUCAGAAACAGAGUGUGUGUGAGAAGUUCGAUCGUGUGUUUUCCGUCCUGGAGGAGAGACAAAAGGCGAUGACCCAGCGAAUCAGCUCCGAGCAGGAAGAGAAGACAGGCCACGCCCAGGCGCUGGUGCGUUGCUAUGGAGACACGGUGGAGGCCAACAGCAAACUGGUGGAGAAGGCAAUGAGCAGCAUGGAGGAGCCCGACAUGGCUGCUUUUGUUCAGAAUUCAAGAGAUCUGAUCACAAAAGUGAUAGCAGCGAGCAGCUCCUGUCCAGCUGAGACGCUGAAACCGGGUUACGAGAGUCUGAGCCUCUACAGAUAUGACUUCAGCAGACAGGAGAGAGCUCUGAGGAGCAUCGACUUCCUCAGAGUUGUGGAUGAUGUUCUUGAAGAACCAGAGGUGGAACAAGAGCCAGAAGAACCCAAGGACUCCUCUGUCCAGUCGACAGAGCCAACACACCAUGAGGAAACCUCCGCCCAGGACCUGGAAUCUGUUGCAGAACCAGUCAAACAGCCAAUCCCAGUACUGAUAUCUCCAUCCAUUGAACCAAUACAGAUGGCUGCCCCAGUUCCACCAGCUCCAGGCCUGGUGAGGGACUCAUUGGAGCCAGCAGGGGCAGUUCUACAGACUGAGACUGACAACACACACUUAAAUGAUGGAGGAUCCGGUCUGAAGAACAAGAAAGAGGAGGAGGAGGAGGAGGAGGAGGAGGCUUCAGGAUGUGCAGCUCCUGAUCCUGUUAAAGAGGGAAACAUCUGCGAACAUCAGGAGGGAAUGAGCACACAACAGGCUGUCACUCUGCUCUUCUACCUGUUGGCCUUCCUGGUCAUCCUUCAGAGGGUGUGGGCUUACAUCGGCUGCUUCAUUUGCACAUAACACCAGCAGGAGACGCACCCAUCCUCACUGCUGCACGGCUCAGAACUACGUUUCACAGGGAAGUCAGCGGCACAGUUCAUAUCAAACCUCCUGCUGUCCCUCUGUGCUCCAGAUGGAGACUGAGAGUCGGAGUCCUGCUCCUCCCCUCUCCUCCUCCCCCUCCUCCUCCUCCUCCUCUUCCUCCCUCAGCGGGGCUCCUCGUCGACCCACUUUCUGCUUCUCCUGGCUAAACCCCCUCCACAAGAAGAAGUAGAGGACCUUUGACUGUGGAGAUGAAAGGUGAAAGAUGCACUUCACUUCAGAGCCAGUUUGGUCGGCUGAGCUUCAUCUUCCAGAGUCACUGCGGAGUGAGAUGUCUCUGUUUUUGUUCCAAAUAUUCAUCCAGUUUAACACACGUCAGGCCUUCUGUUUUGUGUGAACAGAACAGGAAGGGAUUUGUUCUGGAUUUGUGUGCCUAAAGGGAAAAAACACAAAAUAAGACACUCUGUCGGUGUCUUAUUUUGAAAAGGCGUUGAAAAGUUUUGGGGUUUUUUUUGCUCUUUGUUUAAAAUAGAGAGUGUUGCCCUUCACAAUAAAGGUCCUCACAACUUUCAGAUUAGUCAUUUUAAGUGGCACUAGCAGAGGAGUACAAACACUGCUGUGUAGUAACAGAAGUAUUAUUUGGGUUAGCAGUACCUAUUGUUGUGGUACAGCUGCUGGAACAGGGAAGUAUUAUCUGUUUUUAUAAAAGAAGAAGUAGCACUGCUGCCGUAUUAGCAGUAGUAGAAGUACUUCUAGUUAUAGUAGAACUAUAUUUGAAGUAGGAACAGUUGCAACAGCAGUAGCAGUGUUGGUACCCUCAAAACAAUGUAUUUAACACUGAAUGUAAGUAUUUUGAUUACCUGUGCAAAAAAAACUUCGGAAGGUCGCAUUUAAUGCAGUUUUUCUAUCACGUCAUGUCAGUGUGUGUGAAUUAAAGAACAUGAGUGUGUUUUACUACAGGAGGCAGAAUUGCUCUAUUUAAACUGCAUUACUUUUACUUUUUGCAUUUAAUUUAAUUUAGUCAGACUUGAAUUUAUUCACUGAGAAAAACAAUGCAUUAAAACUGACCCUUAAAGUUUGUUUUUUGAGUGUACAGUGUUUAUUGCAUUAGUCUGUUUCUGUUGGUGUGGCUGCAGGAAAUGAACAAACAUUUCACAGCAUUUUGGUGUUUUACUUGAACAAAAUCUAAUAAUAUCACUGCCGGUAUUUUGUGAGCUCAGACAUUUACCAUCUUAUGCUGUGGUCAGAUGUAACUUAAAAGUGGAACUCAUGUAGACCGAAGAACCUGAUGUUAGUUAUUUCUGUUCAAAGAGCCGUGACGUUUUGACAGUUUUAAACCCUUCAGCAGCUUGGUGAUAUGAGCGGCUUGAUAUUAGAAAGAGGGAAAACGAUAGUUCUUGAUGUAAGAGAAGAAUCAGCUUUGGAAUAAUAAAAGUUGAUGAAGUAGAUUAGCAGCAUUAAGCUGUGAAGUAAAUGUGUUUUUCUUUAUGAGAAUAUUUUCAAAUUCUGUGUGUGGUUUGGUUCAGUAUUGCUUUUUAAUUGUAUUUGUGAGUGUGUUCGAGCCCUUUGAUUGUUUUGUAAGCUGGUGUCUGUGCGUAAUGCAGGACAAAGUGGCUCAGACUGGUUUUGUUUGGCAGAUGAAUAAAUAAAUCUGAUUUUAUUCACCAGA